AUGGCCUCUCCGACAUCCUCGACCCCAUCAACCCCUGUCUCCUCCUCACCUGACUCGUUCUCUCCACCCCGCACCCCGCCAAACUUGCACCAAAAUUCUAUUGACCCGUCUACUAAAUGGCUGGUCCAAAAGUUUGGAGGAACGAGUGUUGGCAAGUUCCCAGUCAAGAUUGCAACGGACGUUGUCGCGAGCUACUUGGAUAACCAUAAACUCGCUAUUGUGUGUUCGGCACGUUCUGGAUCGACGAAAGCCCUUGGAACGACGUCGCUUCUCCUCAAAGCGGCCACGGAGGCCCUCAAACGACAGCCCAGGAAAGCCUCUACGUCCUCCUCAAAAUCCAACGGUACCACCAGCCCAACCAGCCCUGGAACCGGCGCAAAUACUCCGAUCCAUUCAGGCUACCGAGGUUUAUUCGGCCGAACAUAUUACUAUACCUCUGACGGCGACGGCUCCCAGUCCCCUCCUACCUCUCCGAAACCAAGAAGCAAGUCCUCUCGCUCGUCCUCGCCGCAGAGGAAGAAUGGGUUGUUUGGGUUUACGCCUAUUAAUGGUGAUGAGGCGAAGAAGACGAAUUUGCCCGAGUUCCAUGCGACGGUUGAUUUGAUUCGGGAGGAGCAUUUUAAGGCUGCUAGGACGUCCAUUGAGGAUCCUGAGAUUUUGGCCGAGUUGGAGGAGGAGAUUGAGAAGGAUUGUGAGUGGUUGAGGAGUUUUUUGUAUGCUGCCAAGAUCAUCGACGAAAUUUCGCCCCGUUCGAAGGACAAUAUCAUUGGGCUAGGCGAGAAGCUUGCGUGCAAGCUUAUGGCUGCUAUCCUCCGCGACCAGGGUAUCGAUGCUGAAUACGUGUCGUUGGAAGAUAUCGUCCCCGAGUCUUAUGUCACCGACGAUUCGGAUUCUUCGUCGGAGGGCAAGAUUCUUGGACAGGACUUUUACGAUGACCUCGCCAAGGCUAUCGCGGAGCGCAUUGAGCAGUGUGGAAGACGUGUUCCUGUUGUCACUGGCUUCUUUGGCCCUGUACCUGGUUCUCUUCUGGCACAGAUUGGAAGAGGGUAUACGGAUCUUUGCUCUGCGCUUCUCGCUGCUGGGCUUGGUGCUUCUGAGUUGCAGAUCUGGAAGGAGGUCGAUGGUAUUUUCACUGCUGAUCCCAGAAAGGUGCCAACUGCGCGCCUCAUCCCUAUCAUCAGCCCGGACGAAGCUGCCGAGUUGACAUACUAUGGCAGUGAAGUUGUCCAUCCUUUCGUUAUGGAACAGGCUAUUCGUAAAAAGAUCCCAAUCCGUAUCAAGAACGUGGAGAACCCUUCGGGAGGAGGAACCGUCAUUCAUCCCGAUCCAGACGCUGAUUCUGUGCACCCCACCGACCCUCUUCAGCGGGGAAGCAGCCCCGUCCCUGAACCCGCCUCUCCCUCCACACUCACCACCUACACCACCACGCACAUGACCUCCUCCCAACGCUCCUCCUCCCGCGCCUCCUCCGUCUCCUCCCUAUCCUCCUUUACCACCUUUGCCGCCUCGUCUCUUACCGGUGGCUACGGCUUCGACGACCCUCAAAACCGCCGUCUCCCCACCGCCGUGACUAUCAAGGAGAAUAUCAUGGUGGUGAACGUGCAUUCCAACCGGAAGAGUGUCAGUCAUGGUUUCUUGGCUGGCAUUUUUGGGACGUUGGAUCGGUUUGGGGUUGUGGUUGAUUUGAUUAGUACUUCGGAGGUGCAUGUUAGUAUGGCUAUUGCGGAUGGGAUGGGGAAGCGGGUGGUGGAUAAGUUUGUGAAUGAGCUGAAGAGGUUCGGGACGGUCUCGGUGGGCAGGGAUAUGGCCAUUCUCUCCCUCGUUGGCAAGCAGAUGCGGAACAUGGUCGGUAUUGCCGGCAAGAUGUUCACGACGCUUGCGGAUGGCAAUGUCAACAUUGAGAUGAUCUCCCAAGGCGCGAGUGAGAUCAAUAUCUCGUGUGUCAUUGAAGCGAGGGAUGCUAUUAAAGCGCUUAAUAUCAUCCACCAAGGGUGUUUGAUGAUUAAACCUGAAGGACCGAGAGGAAGAGGUGGGUUUUGGUUUUAA